CCGGUGAGUGGGGUCUUUUUUUGUUUUCCCGUAUCCGCCAUUUCAGUUUUUGAAGUUAGUUGUCAUCGGUCGCUGGAUUGUAGCUGGAAUUCUGUCGCUAAAACGCCUUAUAUGACUAUUAGAGCUUAGUUCCGGUCAUAAACCAAAUAAGAGUCCUUUUUAGUUCGUGGUUGCGGUUCUAUAUAGGCAAAUUGAUGUCCAAACGGCCAGCUGCGGAUGUCGCCUGUUUACUAAACGUGCUCUAGGCGCUAAAGUUUUUGUAUGAGUUGAAGGCUUUGCUUGUGGAUAACGGGUGGGAGAGAAGGGAAGGCCCGGUGAAGCCUCGGCUUUGGAGUGGUUAUCAUGGCCGGAAAUUUUGACGCGGAGGACCGUGGCAGCUGGUACUGGGGUCGGCUGAGCAGGCAGGAGGCUGUGUCUCUGUUGCAGGGGCAGAGGCACGGCGUGUUUCUGGUCCGGGACUCCAUCACCAGCCCCGGCGACUACGUGCUCUCGGUAUCAGAGAACUCCAAAGUCUCGCAUUACAUAAUUAACAGCAUCAGCAACAACCGGCAGUCCGGUCCAGGUUUGGCCCUUCCAAGGUUCCGCAUCGGUGACCAGGAGUUUGACGCUCUCCCUGCUUUGCUAGAGUUCUAUAAAAUCCACUACUUGGACACCACCACCUUAAUAGAACCCAUCAACAAGUCCAAACACACCUCCUUCAUCAGCGGAGGCCCCCCGCCUCGCCUGGAAGACGAGUAUGUCCGAGCACUUUUCGAUUUCCCUGGCAACGACGAGGAGGAUCUCCCAUUUAGGAAGGGUGAUGUUCUCCGAGUUCUCGAGAAGCCGGAGGAGCAGUGGUGGAACGCCCAGAACUCUGACGGCCGGGCGGGGAUGAUCCCAGUGCCGUACGUGGAGAAGUACCGACCGGCGUCUCCCAGUUCUGUGGCGGGGCCCGGCGUACCUGGGGGACCACCGGGAGGAAUGGCAGUGCUAGGGAACUCUGAUGGCUCUGCAGCCCAGUCUGGCGCUCCGCUGCUGGGAGACCCCAGCCAGUACGCCCAACCCACCCCCCUCCCAAAUCUCCAGAAUGGACCUGUCUAUGCCAGGGCCAUACAGAAGAGGGUGCCCAAUGCCUAUGACAAGACCGCCCUGGCCUUAGAGGUGGGCGAUAUGGUGAAGGUGACCAAAAUAAACGUGAACGGCCAGUGGGAGGGUGAAUGUAAAGGCAAACGUGGCCACUUUCCCUUCACACACGUCAAACUGCUGGACCAGCACAACGCCGAGGACGAACUCAGCUGAGAGCGGACAGCCGGGCCGCAACCUGGACACUAGUAUUAGACCCUUCCUCCCUCACUUCCUUCCCGUUCCACACACACUCACCCCCUCCCCCCUCCCUCACGUCUCCUUUUACCUGCACCAAGUACAGUUUCAGCGAAUCACUGAGAACAAAACAAAUAGGCCCUCGUCGGACCAUUGUAGCGCACACACCCUCCAUUUCUACCCCUCUGAAUAAUCAUGCCCACCCUUCCCCACCACCUGCUCUGACUGACUGACUUAAUAAUGCGUUAUAUACUCGACAGUGGAACUGUAAACUGAAUCUCCUGUUCCGUGAAUGUGGCGACACCCUUUAGAUCCUCCCCUCAUCAUUUCCCUGCCACGGACACGUUAUCAACACUCACUCCUCCGGAGACUCCUCGCCGCAGAGUUCAACCACUUCCUCUUCCUGUGUUGGAACCAGUAGAUAACUGCUCAGCGCCGUGUCAUUUUUCAUCCUCGUCCUCAUCCGUCACCAUGGUUACAGCACUGUAGGAUCACUCAUGCUGCAUUCAUGUCAGAUGGGAAUACAGUAUUGAGAUGAAGAGUAAAAACACAGUUUUCAUGUGUUUUGUCUUGUUUAAAGCUGUUAUGGUGCAGUUAUUUUGUUUCUUACAAACUUUGUUUAAAGAAAUAUGUCGACAUUUUCGGAAAUACACUUAUUCGAUUUCUUGCCAAGAGUUAGAUGAGAAUAUCGAUAUUUUUCCUGUGUCUGUGCUAUAAAUAUGAAGCUACUGCCAGCAGCUGAUUAGCUUAGCUUAGCAUAAAGACUGGAAGCAGGGGGAAACUGCUAGCCUGGCUCUGUGUGAAGGUGACAAAAUCUGCAUACAUUCAUUAAAAUGUGAUAUUUUGUUUGUUUAAUCUGUACAAAAACCAGAUUUUAAAAAGACUAUUCAGUUUUACGGAGGUUAUGUGCCGGACUAUUUCUUGCCCGGGACCAGUUGCCAGGCAACCAGCGGGUACUCCAGGAAGUCACUGUGCUCAGCCAAGAAAUAGUCCAGCACAUAACCCUUCAUAAAUAGUUGAAUUGUUGUCUUUACUCUUGCUGUAACUCUCUGCUAGUAGGCAGAUACAGUAUAGUUACAUGUGGACAGAGCCAGGCUAGCUGUUUCCCCUUACUUCAAGGAUUUAUGCUGGGCCAAGCUAUCGCCUGCUGGCUGUAGCUGGGGUCUUCUUAAUGAUGAUGUCCUCAUUCAGGAAAUUAAAUACAAAGUAGUCCUAAUAUUUAAUUCUAAAAUGUUAUUGAAGGGUUACAACACCUAACAUUUACAUCUCCAAAACGGGACUGAACAAUAUUCUCUGGCAGUGUUUAGUACCUACCUAAAUUGAGGUUAAAGGUAUUUUCUAGUUUAAAAGUGUGCAUCUGCCAUUGUUCUUAUUGGACAUGAAUGCAGCAUUAUUUUAGGGUAGCCCAAGACUGUGAGAGACGAGAGCAGCGAGGCUCAAAUACAGCUGCAGCAUUUUAUCACAGGGAAGGUUUAAGACGGGAAUAUUGUCUUAGAAAGAAAUAAAAGAGCUGAGUCAAUUGGAGGUGUACAGUUUUCCUCAAGGACCAGUCCCACCCCCAGCCCACCAAAUGGAGAAAACAAAACUGAGUCGAGACCAGCAGCUAGGAGCGAAAAUCAUGUACUUAUAGCCGUAGAGCAGGCCCCGGCAGUGAACCUGAGAAACUUCAAGACUAUUGUUGAGGUGGAGAUAAAGGCAACACUACAUUCAACCUCUCCAAACCUCCCACCUUGGCUCACCUCAGCCCCAUCUACCCAUCUACUACGACCAAGUACCACCAAAUAGUCUUUUGUAAGAAAAAAAGAACAUAUUGUUAUGAAAUGAUGUACUAUGUGAUUAUCAUUACAUGCUAAAAUAUUGUUUUUUGUUAUCUUUGUAGUUUUCUUCAUAGCUGAUUUUGUCCGGGAGGUAACGGUUUCGAUGUACACUUUUUACUGCUGCAUGUUGGGAGGGAGCGAUGGGUCGCUGGUGCAAAAUUGACAAACUGACUCGAGGGGGCCACAUCUGUAUGCCCCCAGUUCUCACAAGGCCACAUGUGUUCUCAUUCUGCGUCUGAUGUACAUGAAUGGAGUUGAACGGAGUGAAUGUAGGCUGUCCACCAUGUUAGUUAGUACCGUCUUCUCAUAUUAGUGCUCUGCAUUCAGCUCACUGAAUAUACCUUAGCAAAACAGACUGCUCUGUGUUCGAAUCUUGUCCAGUGUGUCCAAGAAAAGAGAAAGUGGCAUUAUUUGGUACCUGCCCAUUGUUUUUAACCUUUUAAUAAUCUUGUUGCCACCUUGCAGCGUUUUUGUUCUUUUUAAUAAUCGGGUUAAUCAGCCAGCAUUUCCUUUGUGCUUCCUCACUUAAUCCUCUGCCACUCUUUUAUUUAAAGCCUUGUCCAUUUAUGAUGCACAAGCCAACAUGGACUUUUUAUGUUACUGUUUUAUCUCUACCCUCUGCCAUGUGUGUGUUGCCAAGAGAUCAGGCAAAUAGAACAGCAAAUUAUGUUGUAGUCCAGAUCCCCCAUAAGAGGUUGUUUUCUGUUGAGAUUGAAUCAAUCUGUUUGACACCUGACAAUCAUCACCCUCAUGUAUCAUAAUGCAGACUGGUUUGGAUUGAAGCAGGCUGGGUGUGUAGUUGAGACCUUUGCCAGAGUGAACCUGGUCCACUUUUGAAUUUGAGCUGUGAGAACUCACUGUCUCUUCCAAGUGAGGGGUUCCUCUCAGAUGUCAUCCUACAGUAUUUCUGGCCAGCACACCAUGACACCUUUAGGUGGCACUAUAACAGAUUUCAGAGAGAUGGGGUCCUUCUGGAAAGCAUAUUCUGCCAGUGCUUAUGAGAUUAAAGGAGAUGAAAUUAGAUGUUUUUUAACAGAAUGCACUUACCGCUUUUACAAUGAGUUUGCAUUGAUAUAUGCUCUCCUUUUUAGGGUGUUUAAUUAUCCUUGAUUGCUCCCACACAUUAGUUUCCAUUACGGUAUAGCUUUGCCUGACAAGCUCUGUCCUGCUGUCACGUUUCAUUUUCAAGUUGGCCAUUUUCCAAACCCAUGUUUAAAUAUUGACUAUUAAAAAAUAUUUGGUUGACUUCUUGGAAAAAUCUGGUCUAGGCAAGUAACAUUUGUAAUUACUGCCAGCUUUUGACAGUCCAUUUUUAUCUGUAGUUAUGAUCAAAUCAAGCUUCUUUGUCACUCACACUGCACAUGGCAGGUGCUACAUAAAUCAUUAUCUUAUAAAUAGUGUUGCCAAUGAAACCACCAAGAAGUAUUUUUUUAGUAGCCCUGCAUGAAGUCAUUCAUUUCCUUUCAUAAAAAGGAAGGGGUGGCAAGAUGCCAGUGGAAAUUGUGUUAAUAUCAAAAUGUGCCAUUUUAUUAUAACACUAUAUUCUUUCAAGACAAUUGAAAUUACCUUUUUAUUUUCUGUAGCAUGUAAUGUGUUAAUAUACUAGUAAAUAAAGUCAAACCCAUGACAAAUGA